UUAUGACUCCCCAACAAUUGCCAGUUUCAUCACCAACCGUAUCCUCCAGGCAAAAGUCUGGUCUUGUUUCGGGAUGAGGGAUGCCAUUCCCCCAAAUCCAACGCCUUACGGCAUGCUCUACAGUUCUCAAUGGCAGAAACACAUUUUCCAACAACGUCAUCAGGUCCUUUCACAGCUCGCGUUCUCUAUGCCAAGAUGACGUCGGCCGAAGCCACUACGAGACUUUGAAAGUCGGCGAGAAUGCCUCCGCCGCUGAAAUCAAGAAGUCUUUCUACACGCUCUCCAAAACCCACCAUCCGGACCACAACCGCUCGGACCCAGAGGCUCCAGCCCGCUUCAUGCGCAUCUCGGACGCCUACUCAGUCCUGUCGUCGCCUGAUAAGCGCGCCGCCUAUGACCGCGACGUGAUGCGCAAGCAACACCACUCGGCCGCCACAGCAACCAGGGGAUCCUACAGCUCCACCGGCCCCGCGGGCGGUCGCGCCGCGUCCGGUCUUAGCCGCCGCCGGAGCACAUACACGGGCCCGCCGCCGUCCUUCUACCGCAACGGCGGGUGGGGAGCGCACGGUACCAAGAGGGCCGCGGCGCACGAGGCCAGCAGCGGCGGGGCCGGUGGUGCGCGCGCCGAGGAGAAAGCGCCCGGCGGUGGUACCUGGGGCGCCGGGAUGGGAUACGGACAGGGGCAGCGGGCAGAGGACGUGCCGCAUUUUGAUCACGAGGGCCACGAGCGUACACACCGCCGGAUGGACCGUCGCAAGGCGUCUUCCACGGGGUUUGAGCCUCCCGUCGGGUCCGAUGAUAGCUUCAUGGGUGGAUUCAUUGUAGUAUCCACCGUUUUGGCCGUCUCUCUGGCGGUGCCUGCGCUUUUUUUCUCGGCGAAGAGAGAUAGGGCCGACAGGAAUGAAGCUAUCCGCCAGGGUAGGGUAUGAGCCAUUGCCGACUAUAAACUUUUAUCAGUCAGAUCGCCGAAUUGGAGAGACCCUAGGUUGUAUCAAUGCAUUUCCUAGACUCUGUUCUAGAGAUAAAUCAGACAAAUACACUAAUGCAGACGGCACGAGUAGCAUUUACGACGAGAAAUAGCUGUCGUUAUUACAUGUACUGGUGGACUAGAAGAAGUCUUUUUGUAUUGACAGAUUUGGUACAGGUGCUUUUGGUCGGUCCUCCCGUCAGCGAUCGGGCCGAGUCUAGAUGAGUCUAUGUAGUCUAGUCCGGCCCAGAUACACCUUGCAAGAAGUAGUUUAUAGAUUCCCCGUCAACAUGUCCCCCACCCAAGAUGUGAACAUG